CUUUCUGCGCCAGGGCUGGAGAAAGAGCUGCCGCCGCCGUGUGCUUCGACUCCGGCAGCUGCUGGCUGCGCUCGCAGCGCUCGGAAAGUUGGGUCAGACCUGAACCCCUAAAAGCGGAACCGCCUCCCACCCUCGCGCCGGCCGCCCGCGGGGAGCUGAGUCGCCGGCGGCGGUGGUGGCGGACGGACCCGGGAGUUUCCUCUCGCACUGGAUGGAGCUGAACUUUGGGCGGCCAGAGCAGCGCGGCCGUCCGGGGAUUGCUGUAUGCUGAGCUCCCUCGUCGAUACCCAGCCGCGGCUCGGGAUUUUUUGGGGGCGGGGACCAGCUGCGCGCCGGCACCAUGUUCCUGGCGACCUUGUACUUUGCGCUGCCGCUCCUGGAUUUGCUGCUGUCGGCCGAGGUGAGCGGCGGGGACCGCCUGGACUGUGUGAAAGCCAGCGACCAGUGCCUCAAGGAGCAGAGCUGCAGCACCAAGUACCGCACGCUGAGGCAGUGCGUGGCGGGCAAGGAGACCAACUUCAGCCUGACGUCCGGCCUGGAGGCCAAGGACGAGUGCCGCAGUGCCAUGGAGGCCCUCAAGCAGAAGUCGCUCUACAACUGCCGCUGCAAGCGGGGUAUGAAGAAGGAGAAGAACUGCCUGCGCAUCUACUGGAGCAUGUACCAGAGCCUGCAGGGAAAUGAUCUGCUCGAAGAUUCCCCUUACGAGCCAGUUAACAGCAGAUUGUCUGACAUAUUCCGGGUGGUCCCAUUCAUACCAGAUAUGUUCCAGCAAGUGGAGCCCGUGCCCAAGGGGAACAACUGCCUGGACGCCGCCAAGGCCUGUAACCUCGACGACACCUGCAAGAAGUACCGGUCCGCCUACAUCACCCCGUGCACCACCAGCAUGUCCAACGAGGUUUGCAACCGGCGCAAGUGCCACAAGGCCCUGCGGCAGUUCUUCGACAAGGUCCCCGCCAAGCACAGCUAUGGGAUGCUCUUCUGCUCCUGCCGGGACAUUGCGUGCACCGAGCGGCGGCGGCAGACCAUCGUGCCUGUGUGUUCCUACGAGGAGAGGGAGAAGCCCAACUGCCUGAAUUUGCAGGACUCCUGCAAGACGAAUUACAUCUGCAGAUCUCGCCUUGCAGAUUUUUUUACCAACUGCCAACCCGAGUCAAGGUCCGCCAGCAGCUGUCUGAAGGAAAACUAUGCCGACUGCCUCCUCGCCUACUCAGGGCUUAUUGGUACAGUCAUGACCCCCAACUACAUAGACUCCAGUAGCCUCAGCGUGGCCCCAUGGUGUGACUGCAGCAACAGUGGGAAUGAUAUAGAAGAGUGCCUGAAAUUUUUGAACUUCUUCAAGGACAAUACUUGUCUCAAAAAUGCAAUUCAAGCCUUUGGCAAUGGUUCUGAUGUGACCGUGUGGCAGCCAGCCCUCCCAGUUCAGACCACCACUGCCACCACCACCACAGCCUUCCGGGCCAAGAACAAGCCCCUGGGGCCAGCAGGGUCUGAGAAUGAAAUCCCCACUCAUGUUUUACCACCUUGUGCAAAUUUGCAGGCCCAGAAGCUGAAAUCCAAUAUGUCGGGCAGUACACACCUCUGUCUUUCUGAUCGUGAUUACGAAAAGAAUGGUCUCACUGGUCCUUCCAGCCACAUAACCACAAAAUCAAUGGUUGCUCCUCUAAGCUGCGGUCUGAGCCCCCUGCUGGUUCUGGUGGUCACCACCCUGUCCACCUUAUUAUCUUCAUCUUUGGCAGAAACAUCAUAGCUGCAUUUAAACAACAAUACGGACAUGUAAAAAGACAAAAACCAAGCUGUUUCCUGUCCUCUUGUGUAUCUGAAAUUCCAGUUUUAGGAGCCCAGUUGAGAUACUGAGAAACAGUUUCAUCCAACUGGAACUUUAUAUUUUGUUUCUUCUUCUUCUUUUUUUUUUUCUUGUUUUUGUUUUUGUUUUUUGUUUUUAAGAAAUCUUCUUGUGAUCCUUAGGGCUUCUGUGGGCUACCCAAUACAGCGCUACAUUCCAUACUGAAAAGGCUUUGGGGCCUGCUGUGUUGUCGAGGGGCAGUGCGUGAAUUUGGCUAUAAAACCAACUGGGCCCAUGUUCGACGUGAUGAUGAUGAUUGGGGAUGAUUUUAACAAUUUAAUUCUGGCCUUUCCUAGCAAGAGAAGGACUUAGUAUUUCUAAAAAAUCUUCCAUAUCUCCUAUAAUGGCUUUGGUUUCUGAUGACAUCACUUUAGCCUCCCACGGGUGGGUGCAAGCUUAUUUUGUCACAAAGCAAAGAUUCUCAUCCAGAGGAUCUUGAUGGACUUCGUGCAAACAAGCUUGCGCCAGUGUUCCCCUUUCUGUACGUACUGGCAUUUUCCACACUGUUUGUGUACUGUGAAGAGUUCUACGCUCUCCUACCAAACAAAAGACACCUGUCUCAUCCAGAUGUAGUGUCUAUCUUCUAGUCAGAAUAGAGGGGUGAGUGUGAGUGAAACUUCACAGUACCUUGAUCACUGAAAGACCUAAGCCUUACCUGAGGGAGAAGCCCUUUCACUAACAAGAGUCAAAUAUAGCUGACAUGUCAUUCUAAUACUCUUUACAUGUAUGAGGUUAUAUGUAGAAAAAAAUUUUACUACUAAAUGAUUUCAACUAUUGGCUUUCUAUAUUUUGAAAGUAAUGAUAUUGUCUUCAUUUUUUUACUGAUGAUUUAAUACAAAAUACAUGGAGCUCGUUUUCCUCUCCUAAAUAGUGUUAGCUCCAAUAUUAACUUCACGAAGACAGCUUUUCAGAAGCAGACCCUGAGGAGCCUCGUGCUUUAGCAGAAAGCUCUGCAUCAUGUAACUGUGGACAGGCAGGAGGAAACAGAGCAGCCAAGUGUUGUCUUUUGUCAUUUCUCGAAACACAAACUUGCAUACCUGUGAGGAAACUGGCGGCCCCUUGUAAAUGUGCUGCAGCGGCCAAUGGCAUGCGUGCCGGUUGACAUAAUCCAGGACCUCAGCUUCCAUGUUACUUGACACAGGCCAGUUUGACUAGGCUGGGGGACAGGAACAUGCCACCCUCUCUUCCGAAGCUGAUCCAUGCCAGGGUACGCAGUUGUUUUCCUAAGGGUUGUACUCAGUGGUGAUGACCUGGCCACUGUUGAGAGGGAUUUAGUCCGGAGGUCAUCAGGAAUCAACUCGCUUCUUGUUAUGCGUCCUCCAUGACAGACGGGGACUGACUGUGUGGAAAGAAAGGCUUGUGGAUCAAGAAGAACAACAAUAGGUGUGUAGAGAUGAGUUGGCCAGCAAAAGAUACGCGGACCGGAACAGGACUCUGGAAACAAGGCGUGUGACUUGUUCUCCGCACAUCGCCUUCCAUCAUUCUCCAUCCUUAAACAAGUAGACCUUGAAGUGCGCUUUUGAAGUCUGGUUGAUGGUGACAUUCAGAAUCUACAGUGAUCGAGCGCUAGGAGCCAGGCUUCUCCAACACUGAAUAGAUAAGAGGAGUAUCCACCAACUGGAGUGCUGGGAGCAUUACUUCUCCACACAUCAGUAGAGGGGCUGGAGGAGGACCCAAGGUGCACAGUUCAUACUGAUCCCCUUUGCCCGCUGAUGUUUGCCUUGUAAGAAUUAAUCAAAUCACUGGGGUGGGAAAUCUAUUCAAUCCAAGAUAAAGGCAUAGUCUUUUAGCUCUGUUGGUGUUUGAAGUACAUUUAUAUCCAAAUGUUAAUAAACAUAAAUGUAUAAUACUAAGUUCCGUGUUUUUUCAGUUCAAAAUGUUUCCAAGGAAAAUUCAUCAAACAGAUUUGAUUAGUAAAAGGUUUCAUGAAGACUCUUUCUUUGAAUAAACAAUGUUAAAUGUGUCGGAACAUUUGGAAUUCCGGUCCUCUAUGAAAGCCUAUCUCUUACAGAGCGUAUUUUGUUUUAAUUAAGGUAUCUCUGUGUAUCUACACUAGACUAAUUGCAUAUGGGUCUGAUUCUAUGUGAUCUACUGUAGAAAGCUAUUGAUUCCUUCUGCGGUAAGCAGCGGUUGUAAUUAGCUUCAGAUGACCAGAGAGGAAAUAGGAGUUAUCAGAGCUAACAAGGGUGGCCUUCAGUGACGAACACAGGGAUGUGCAACCCAUAAAUUAAAUUUGGGAAAGCCUCAUCGAUCACCAACAAAGAUCUCUUUUUUCUUCUCAGAAAGAAGCAUAUUAGAGUUACCAAAUUCUAAAUUUGAAAAUAAAUUGCUGAUGAAAUAAACAGGGGGAAAUAUUGUUCGAUGACAACACAUUAGAGAGAUUCUUAUAAAUUCAUGCCAAGCGGGUGUUUCUGCCAUUCAGCAUGAUUCCCAGUUUAACACAGUGGACCCGAAACACCAUCAUCGCUUGCCAUGAGACUAAAGCAGGCAAGUGACUUAAAUCUUUGACUUCCGUGUGUGGCAAUACUGACAUUAAAAAGCAUUACUUCCUGUCCCUCAGUCCCUGCAUUUGGGGUAUCACCAGAUGCAAGGGCAUCUUUCUGCAGAAAGCGUCUCAUUGUAGCUGAUUUUGACAACACAGAAACAGUAGGUGCUAGUAGGUCUUAGGUCCACGUAGACCAUGGUCAAGACUUGACCAUAGGUUAAGUCUAGCCGUGCCCUGCUGCUUAUUGAGAGAAUGAAAAAAAAGGCACUACUGCCAAACUGAUUGGAAGCACAUUCAUUCCAAGUUGGUGUUGAGUAUCUUUAACCAAUAUCAGUUUGAAUAUCUUUUGAAUAGAGCACAUGAAGGAAGAAGUGCACAAUACAGAGAAGGAUUCAGAAUGCCCCUUCCAUGUUUAUUUUCCCAUAUCAAAAUUUUUUCAAGCCCCUAGAGUAUGAGUUAAGAAUUACACAGAUUAUUUUUUAUUAAGUAUAGUGAACUGUAUCCAGACUCUAAUAGGAGUGUGGUUU